CCUCGGCAUGCAAUUCCAAUGUCCAUCCGCGCCGAGACGCGCGUGGAGAUCUGCAAGUGCGUGUCGACCAUGAUAGGAAGGAGUGGGCCAACUGUAAGACGUUUACAUGACGCUGGCAACGACAACUACGCCGUGGUCAUGGCGAUCAUCCAGAAGUCCCUGCAUGGCCAGGCGCGCUACCUGGGCGGGGAUUUCGUGGUCGUCCCAAGCAGGGCCAUCGAGCACAAGCUUGCGCAUGCCGGAGUUGGCGGGCGGGCCAUCGUUUCCCGCGGCACCACCAGGCAGUUCCCCUGCUUAAUCGAUCCCCGCACCGCAGUAUGCACGCGCCACAGGAACGUCACAUCCAUGGACUUGCCUCGGCGGGUGGCCAAGGCGCAUGGCCCCAGCGGGCUGUGCACCCUCGGGCGCGCCGCGUACUUUCUGGGGCGGCCGGUGAUUCGCGAGCCGCGCGCCAUGGGGUUGCCGCGCGCGAGCGCGGCUGAUAUCGGGGACAUCGUGGAGGCUUUGUUUGCCUUAG